UAAUCUAACUAUAUGGACUGGAAUUUGUUAUAUUCAGAGAUAUUUCUAAUAUUUUGACCACGACAUCUGGAAAACAGGAGGGGAGAGGAACAGUAGGAACACAGGUGUACCUAAUAAAGUGACCACUGAAUGUACAGUAUAUGGUAAAUAUAUUGCCUAUGUAGAAAGUAAUGAGUUUAGCAGAGAAGGCCCAAUUUAUUUGUAGUAGCUGUUUAAGAGAUCUUUAUUUCAUUGUCUCAGCAUCUGAGUUGGAUUUCCAAGUCAAGUCAAACUACUGUAUAUUUAUUAAGCCCAAUGCAAUACAUCACAAAUUUGCCUCUUUUGGGCUUUGUUCUUUACUCUUUUGUUUCAUCUUAACUAGAUAUUUGUUCCUUUUUUUGUCACAUGUCAGUCGAGUAUUGUGUAUAUUCUCAUGGUGUGUGACAUCUGUCUUUGUCUGUUUGUUGUUUGGAUUUAUUGCUGCUCUCUUUUUAAAAAAGAGACGUUUAAGUAGGAAAAUUAAAAGCAUGAAUACAGUUAUAUGGGUGGGAUUGUAAGUCAAAUUCAACAGAGAGUUAAAGGAGUCUGUAUUUGAUUAACACGUUCUAAUAUAAUCUGAAUCAUGUUUGAGUAGUCUUAUCCGUGUUUUUAUUAGAAAACAAUACUCUUUACUGUGUACUACUAGUUGCAGCUCACUGCGCAUGUCCGAUUUAGGGGGGACUGGGAGGGGGGGGUUCACUCUCUGCUCCAUCCGGGAACUUCAGAAUUACCAUUGACAGCCGAAGCGCAACUUUUCCCCAGGCAAAGUGAAAUCAAGCCGCGGACUCGGACAAAAUAUAGUUCCCGUUUUUCAACUUAAAAUUAUCGACAGAAAAGCGAACUCGCUCCCCGGUCGGACCCCUCGACGUUCGGCCGUGAUCUGGAGAGGAUCCGUCCGGGGUCUGAGCUCUUUGUGCCGGGUUUGGAGCACUUUUGAAGACGGGCGGAAAGUGGGUGAUGAGUCCUAGCCUGUAAAAGAAGCGAGAACUUGCUUUGCAGCCUGAGUAGUUCUUCUUUCAAUUGUUAUUGUCGCUUUAAAAAAUCUUUAAUUCACUUAAACUUCGUCUCGGUCGCGUCGAAAGUGGGAGAAAAGUGCUUUUCCAGUCGGAACAUGGAACUACAAGGCCUGCAAGAGGCGCUGAAAGUAGAAAUCCAAUGUCAUCAGGAUGGAGAGCUUAAGAGACAGCUGCACGACAGGCAAACAAGAAUAACAGCCCUGAGCGAUAAACAAAAUCAGACGUUGUGCAAAGGCCUCAAUGAACUUCAGAACGGACAGAAGCUGGCGGUCAGAACUUGUCCUGUAGGGACGACUAAGCCGCUGUCUCUCAUCAAGCCUCCGAGCCAGGGCAUCGCCAUCUCCGUGGUGCCGGCCAAGGCUCCCGUUUCCAUGGUGACGGCGCACAUUAACGGACAGAAGGCGGCAAGCUCAGAGCCGCUGCAGACGUCCCCCAUCAACCUCCAGACCGCCGGCAGGGUGGCGGCAGCCGGAGUCCACCCGUUCAGCAGCAGGAGAGCCGGGGAGCUGCCUCCCUCUCAGAUGGUGGGAACUCUCACUGCUGUGCCCAUCAAGGUGCCUCAAGUCAGCUCCCUGCACCGGCUGGCAGGACAAGCAGCCACUGUGCUACCUCAGGUCAGGCCAAAGACCCAGAUCCCGGACAGCCUUCCCCACAGUCCCUGUCAGGAGCUGCAGCCUCUCAGCCUGCAGAGGGCCACAGCCGUGGUCAGUCCUAAGAGCCAGGGCCCCACCCUGCCCACCGCCAACAGCACCUUCAGUCCCGAGCACCAGCCCAACGGCCAGAGCGACGCCUCGCCGCCGCCCCCGGCCCCUCCCCACGGGCCCUCAGUGGGCCCGGACUCUGGUGGUCCCGCCCAGCACGCCUCGGCUGGACCCGGCGUGGCGUACGCCAUCAUUGCCGCCUCGCCCGCCACCGGCAACGGGGUGUCCACCGUCAGCGAGGCCGUCAAGGUGAUAAUAAUCCAGCCGCAGGCCCCCAGCAGCACUGACGGGUCCCCGGGGACCCAGGCUGAUCUCCCAUCACAGGAGGCCCCGCCCGAACCAAAGUCCCCCUCCCAGAAGAAAGACGAGGACCCAGAGAAAAUCGCCUUCAUGGUCGCCCUCGGCCUCGUCACCACAGAACACCUGGAAGAAAUCCAGAUGAAGAGACAGGAGAGGAAGAGACGAAGCACAGCCAACCCGGCCUACAGCGGCCUGUUCGAACCAGAGCGUAAACGCCUGGCGUCACAUUACCUGAACAGCUCGCUCUUCCUGUCAGCACGAGACUCUGAGGACUUCUGCUGGAAGGAGGACUUGGAGCAUGACGACCACUGUGCCAUCUGUAAGGAGGACGGUGAAAUGCAGCCUUGCCACAACUGCCCCCGAGCCUUCCACCCCAACUGCCUGCACCCGCCGCUCAAAACCCCGCCCAGAGGCCCCUGGUACUGCCCCAAGUGUCAGAAGAAGGUUCUGAAUAAGGAGAACAUGUCGUGGCCACAGAACUUUGUUCAGUCCUACGUUACACACAAGACAGUGAGGCAGGAGGAGAAGCGACGGCUGCUGAGAAGAAACAACGAGCUGAAGAAAGAGUGCACUCACCUGGAAGAACAAGACAAACAGCUCAACAAGACGCUCAAACAAUGUAUGGACCUGAGGGAGCGGCUCCUUGGGCAGCAGAGAGACACUCAGGCCUCGCUUGACCGCCUCAAAACCCUCAUCAGGUUGAUCCAACGCGACCAGCUCAUCCAGGUCACCAUGACGACCACCGCCACCAUUGCCGCCUCUCUGCUCUCCCAGUCCUGGAUCAAACCCACCAGCGCCACCACCACCGCCACCGCCGGCCACGCCCCUGCAGAAGAGCCACAACCACAGCCAGGACAACGUUAACAACUAGCCUCACCCCCGGGGCACCACCCAUCCCUCCUCCUUGUUCCCUCCUCCUUCUCCACGGUGCUCCGACUUUUUUUUACCGAAACGUCGAGGGCAGCAAUGAUUUCUUUUGUCUGAGUAAUAUCUAAACCAUCUUUUCUCUGAGAGCGACAAAAACUGAGAGAGAGCCUCCACUCGAUUCAAGUAUUUUUUAAAACCCAACACCUACAGUGCUUACGAGAUUUCUUUUUUUAAGUUAUUUUCUAUUUAUUAUUAACGUUCUUGGCCUUAAUGUAUUUAUUACAAAAAGUUAGAUUACAGAGCCGCCGCAGGAACACAAAGGAGUUUUUUCUGCGCGCUCCAAAAGAUAUUUCCCUUUUUUAAACACAGGUAUAAUUAUUGUUCUGCAUAUAGUGAGAGAGAACAGUAGAGUUAGUCGUAGUUAAAGAAAACAAAAAGGUGGAACAGGAGCGAACGGACUGUACAUUGAUAUAUCUGAGUAGAUGUUUGUUCUCAUUCUCCUAUGAACAAUGUUUUUUGCCAUAAUAAUUCAGGAAAAUGUUUUCAUCGUGUAUGUAAAACGCGUACGAGCCUUCAAACAAAAACAGAGAAUAACUUUUUUUCAGUAUUAAUAGAGUUAAAGUCAAAGAAAAAAGUAUUUAAGAUAAAAACUACAGAAAUUAGCAUUUCUAGUGGAGAUUUUAGUAUUUUCAUGCUGAUGCCUGUUGAUAAAUGUAAGUUUGGAGUAUUCAAGGGGAUCUCUGUACAUAUGUUGUAUUAUUAUUAGUAUUAUUAUUAUUAUUAUUAUCAUCAUCAUCAUCAUCAUCACAAGUUUUCUUAGUUUUCAAACCUAACUGGACUCAGACCUGAACCUGAGGUGAGUCUCUGUUUGUUUCACUGGUUGUUUCCUGUUCGACAAAAACAAGAACACGAUUCAAGUUUGUUUUUAAGCAGCAGAAACUGAAAAUUAUUUUAAAAUUAUUUUUGUUGUGGACAGAGGUCAUUUGAACUUAAAAACAUUAAAUAUGAAGUGAAACUAAACUUCUUAUUAAUUUAUUUUAAUUUUCCCUAUUCAUUAUUUCAUCUAUAAAAUAGUUUUAAAAAUGUUUACAGAUUCUCUAAGUGUCGCUGUGACGUCUUAAAUGUAAAGACAUUAAAUUUACCGUCAGAUUUGAGAAAGAGAAUAAAUAAAAUCUUCACAUUUCAAACGCUGAAAAUAGAAUAUUUGGUAUUUUUGCUUCACAGAUGACUUAAAUGAUGAAUUUAUAAUUUUCUGAUGAUCAAAUAGAUGAUUAAUCUACGAAUAACUUAUCUUGUAAAUAUUAUAAAUAAAAAGAAUAAAGGUAAAUCUAAUUCUCACUUUUUUUAAGACGUCAUCACCCAGUUUGGUCUUUGGACUUUUGUUGAAAUAAAUUUGUUAGAGAAUAACCUAAAGUUUCUAGAUAAUUUUCUUGUUUCUGCUUUUUUUUUUUUUUUUUUUACUUUACAACAGGAAACAAACAGUUAGAAACAUCAGGGACUGAAGUUUAGUUUGUUCACAGCUGCACUCGAACACAAACACGUCGGCCGGAGUUCAGUCGAUGUGUUGAUGCAUCCAUUCAGUCCCUUUUCCCCUUUAACCAGUUCAGAAAAUAUGCCAAAAACUCUUUGUUUUUCUACUGGGAUCGUUCAUCAAUAAUGUCUAUAGUGCUUUUUUUUCUCCCUGCCUCUUUUUUAUAUUUUUCGCUUUUUUUUUUUUUUUACUCGUGUUUUUUGGACGCUUUAUCAGCGACGAGCUGUUAAUCUGACAGACGAACACUGCCUCAAGUACAAAUCGUUUCCGAUCCAGGGUUUUUGUCUUUGUUGCGUCAUUUUAUAAACACCAGUCGAUCAGAAAAUGGGACGACUCUGUCAAACUGCAACAACACUUUCUGACUGUCGGUGGACCUGCGGGACAACAACGGCGGCUGUCAGACUGGGAGGACACCGCUGUUGUUGUCCCGCUCGGUCCAUCUAUCUCGCUUAGUCUUCCUGCUGGUCCAGAGAGGUUCAGUUUAAAUGUUGAAAACAUAGAUUUAGUCCAUUUUUUAUUUCUUAAAUCACAUGUACUCACCACAGAGUCAAGGUGCAGCUCUCUGCCACCUGUUAAUGCACAAACAUGAACAAAUGGUUUAAAAGACUUCAGAGGAAAAAAUGCCUUUAUCAUAAGAAAAGAACAGAAAAGAGGGAGUGUUUGAAGUUAGAACAGAGGAGAGAUGAUUUUAUUUUAAGUCAUAUCCAGGUCUCCUGAGUUUGGUCUCUAAAGUAUCAAAGAUGCUUUAAAGAUCCUUAUUGUUGGAGAAGCAUCAUCUGCACAGCACAAAGAAAAAAUAAAUACAGAUACCAGUGCAGCUGUGGCAUCAGCGGCAGUGAACGAGUCUGACGGGAAAAACAACGAGCAAUACAACAUCAGAUCAGUUAGUGAGGAGAGAUGUUUAAAAACCUCAGUCUGAUUCAGACGAACCGAAAUGAACAAAUGUGGAUAAACAAAGUUAACAUUCAAACUGUAUCUGUCUUCAGAAAGUUUGGAAAUUUGUCAGACGCAGCCAAAACAGGAAUUGGUUUGUUGGUUUCAGACGAUCCGACAGUAACUUAGUUUAAAUCAAACUGAGGCUUCAGGUCAGACGUCUGUGUUUCCUUUGGUCCAAAUAAAUUCUUAUUUUUAAUCAGCUGCUAAAACAAAACAAAACAAAAAAAUCUGGUUUGUUUUUUCUUCAACUUCCAAAUUUUUAAAAAAGGGCUUUUUAUUUUAGUGGAAAAUUCCAUCUAAUAAUCCAAAAUCUAAAGAUAUUCAAUCUAGCACAAUGUAUGUCAAAGUAAAAGCAAAUCUUCACAUUUUAGAAACUUUAACCAGAAAAUACUGGAUUUUUUCCUUGAAAAAUAACAAAUGAUUAACUGAGUGAAUGAAUUUAAGUGUCAAGAUGAAAAAGCCUACAGAUUUACAGUCACAUAAUUCAGUAUCAUUUCAAAAGUACACAGUAAAUUACAGAGAAAAUGAUCCAAAAAUAAUCAGUUUCAUUGUCAAUUAAUCUGAUUAUUAAUUAAGUUUAUCAUUUGACUUAGAAAAUGUCAGAAAAGAGUAAAAAAUGUCUGUCAUACUUUACUGAACUGCUGCUUUUGUCCUACACAAAAUAUUUAAGCUUUUGCUCUAACAGAGCUGAAUCAUUCAUGUUUAAUUUAAACUCUGACUUGUGUUAAAACAGUGAAUAGUUUGGACUCAAAGGUUCACAGACGUCUAUCAGUUUGAAUCAGAAGACUACAAAAGUUUUUCACCGUUGCUCGACUUUGAGCCACCUGCACAGGUUGUUUUAAAAUCUGUGUUUCACAGAUCUGAGAGUCUGGACGACGUCUAAACCCUCAACCUGCAGACAGAUUCGAACUAAAAAAAAAAAAUGAAGGAACAAAACUGAUGAAUUUACCUUUUCACAGCAGGGGAGAUGUCGCGACGCUGCCAGGCUCUGAGUCUGAGAGACAAACAGCAGAUAUGCAUCAACACUGAACCUGAACUUGCCUUUAAAAACGAAUAAAUCAUGAUCAGUGUGGAGACACAGUCAACCACAUAUCCAGUCCUCACCUGAGAGCUGCAGGGCCGCGGGGAGAAAACACAAGAUGGAAACCAUAUCAGCGCUCUGUGUCGCGUCAAUACUGCACCUGUCAAACCCCACCUACACCUGAAAAUAAAAAAAAAGACCAGAAAAACACCCCUCCACCCGUCCCUGCACCCAAACAACCUCUACAUCCAUUUCUAGAAAUCUUCUCCGGGAGAAACUGUGCAGUGCUUAAACAGAUCUAUUUUAAUACACGACACAACAUUUGAACAAAGAAGUUAAAAAAAAAAAAAAAGUUAGAACAUUUUUAUAUUCUUUUAUCAAGGAGCAAAAAAUUAAGAAAACAGAACAUUGGGGUUUUCUAUUGUUUGCCAGUUCUGCAUUCUGACUUCUAGCUUGCAACGUUCAAUGUUUUAUUUUUGCCAUGAGGAGGCGACGACACGACGACGACAAGGGCGUUUAGAUGGAAAUUAAAAAUGUCUGUUGGCUGUUGAAGUAGAAGUUUUUUUCUUUGUCAUUGAUAAGGGGACUGUCCAGUGGAUAGUGUGUAUAGGAAAGUGUUUGUCUUAAAUAUGCCAAUGUAGUUUUUUCUUCUUUAUGAUGCAUUAAAAAGUCGAUCGAUGGAAAAGUUGGUAAA